AUGUUCUCCAACUAUAAGCCGGAGCUAAAACCCUUACUGUUGCUGGAUCGACCGCUUCGCGACUAUUGGUUUGUGGCACAAGCCGAGUUGACCGUUGACGGGAUGGACGAUACGGAAGAAUUCAGGCUCACCGAUGAAGCAUUUGAUGUGCUGCACUUUUCAGAGGAGGAAAAACUGAACUGCUAUAAGCUGAUGGCUGCACAUAUGCAUCUGGGAAUAAUGAAAUUCAAGCAGCGGCCACGUGAGGAGCAAGCAGAACCGGACGGAACAGAUGAAGCUGAAAAAAUAAGUAUUCCUUACAUUUUUUUGAUAACGGAGUCAGAGAGUUACGACGUUAAAUCGAAAAACUAA